AUGACGUCGAUGAGAAAGAACGAACAGUCAGAGUUCGAUACAGGAAAAAGGCGAGGAAUCCACAAGAGUGCAAUCCUGUACUUGAGCUCUCUCCAAAAGUGUACAGGCGCUUCAUUGAUGCGGGUGAACUUGCAACGCUCCAGGGUAGCAACGGCGGAACUACUUCAGGUUGCAUCGAAUAAAGGAGUGUCGAUUACCAUAGUACAGGAACCCUAUGUGGGAAAAAAUGGCGUUAUUAAAGAACAUCCUGGCACGCGAGUAGUUCAAUGCAGCCUGAAUAGACAAAAACCGGUAAAGGCCGCAGUGCUGAUCUUCGGAGAUCAGCUGGAGAUUAUCCAUGAUCCACAGCUGGUUACCGAAACAGAAGCGGCAGUACUUCUCGUUGCAGGAAAUUUAAAACUGGGAGUCGUGUCAGUUUACCUCGAGGGAGAGCAAGAUAUAAAUCCCUACCUUAGGCGAAUCCAAGCAGCUUGCGCAAAACUUCACACAAACAACAUCAUAGUGGCUGGAGACAUAAAUGCUUGGAGCCAAUGGUGGGGAAGUAAUUCCGAAGAUGAAAGAGGCGCGGCAUAUAACACCUUCCUCAAUGAAAUGGAUCUCCAUAUUCUGAACACGGGUGACACGCCUACCUUCGAAACAUACAGAAGGGGGGAGAAUUUGUUCGAGCAUAGUAGACGUCACUGCUUGCAGUUCGUCACUUCUCGGCAAUGUGGAGGACUGGAGAGUGGAGAGAAGCCUAAUUACAUCAGACCACAACGCGAUUAUGUUUACACUGCGCACCAAAGCGGUCUUGACACAAUUGCGGCCCUGCACAACGCGCAAAUACAACACCAGAAAGGCAAACUGGUCGGACUUCUCAACACGCUUUAG